GGCGUGGCAGAGGGGGGCGGGCUUCCUGCGGGCGCCUUUGCGCUGACCCCCGGCAUGGCGGUGAUGGGGGUGCAGGUGGUGGUCACCCUGCUGGCCGCCAGCCUGAUGCAGAAGCUGGCGCCGCGCUGCUCCUUCGCCCGCUGGCUGCUCUGCAAUGGCAGCCUGUACAGGUACAAGCACCCCACGGACGAGGAGCUCUGCGCCCUGGCCGGGAAGCAGCGCCCCAAGAGCAGGAGGGACAGGAGGGCCAACGGCGUGGCCGAGGACAAACCCCUGUCCGUGCCCCGCGACAUCGACCUGCGCCUGGACACCAGCCCCAUCACCGCCGUGGACGCCCUGGUGCUGCGCCACUUCCUGGAGUACCAGUGGUUCGUGGAUUUCGCCCUCUACGCCGGCGCCGUUUACGUCUUCAGCGAGGGCUAUUUCUGCCUGGUCAGCCCCUCCAGGGAGACCAACCUGGGCGUGCUCUGGUGCCUGCUCACCGUCGUCUUCUCCGUCAAGGUGUUCUCCAUGGUGAUGAGGCAUUAUUUCCGCUCGGAGGAGGGCGGGGAGCGCUCCGUGUGCCUCAGCUUCGCCUUCCUCUUCCUCCUCCUGGCCAUGGUGGCCCUGGUGGUCCGUGAGGAGUACCUGGAGUUCGGCCUCGAGCCCGGCCUGGCCGCAGUCGCCCAGAACCUGGAGCCCCUCCUGAAGCCGCGGGGCUGGGAGUGGACGCUGCCCCUGGCCAAGCUGGCCUUCAAGCUGGGGCUGGUGGCCCUGUGCUCCUUCCUGGGCGCCUGCCUGACCUUCCCGGGGCUGCGCCUGGCACAGACACACCUGGACGCCCUCAGGAUGGCCGAGGACAAGCCCCUGACACAGCUGCUGCUGCACGCCGGGUUCGUGGCUCCCGUGCUGGUGCUGCUGCUCUGGGUGCGGCCCCUGUGCCGGGACCUGCUGCAGGCGCCGCUGGGCACCGGCACGGGGCAGAGCCUGUCCCCGGGCUCCUUCGACACGCUGCGCCUGUGGGCGCUGGUGGCGCUGGCGCUGCUGCGCCUGCUGGGGACGCGCUGGCACCUGCAGGCCUACCUGGGGCUGGCCCCGCGCUGGGCGCGCCGCAUGCGCAGGGAGGCGGGCAGGAUCCCGGCACGGGAGAUCCAGCAGAAGAUCACCAGGAUUUACUGCUACGUGUCCGUGGUGAGCCUGCAGUACCUGGGGCCCAUCAUCCUCAGCCUGCACUGCACCCUGCUGCUGAAAACGCUGGGCCAGCACUCCUGGGGGCUGUACCCCGCCGUGUCCCCCGCCGUGUCCCCGUCCCCGCCGGUGUCCCCGCUGCGCCCCGAGGGUGACGCGGGCCAGGACGUGCAGCGGGCGGUGCAGGAGCUCUCGGGGCUCCUGGGCUGUGUCUUCACCCCGCUCUUCUUCCGUGGCCUCUUCUCCUUCCUCACCUGGUGGGUGGCCGCCUGCCAGGUGGUCACCAGCCUCUUCGGCCUCUACUUCCACCAGUACCUGGCGGCGUCCUGAGCGGGGGGACGGGGACAGCCCGCUUGGGGACACGCCUGGGGACACGGGUGCCGCCAGGACGGGGCUUUGUGGCACCGGUGCUGCCUUUUCCUGGAGGGGCGGUGGCUCCUGGGGGCACAGGAACGGCCCAGGAGAGGUUUUGGGGUUUUUGUAGGGUCACGGUGUCAAGCACCGGCCGCUCGUGUGGCACCUCAGGGCCAGCAGCCUCGGGGGUGGCUGCUUCACAAUAAACGAGUGACACCGGCGGUGUUGUCACUCCAAAGCUGCUCUCAGUGUCCCCAAAGCUGC